CGAAUGUCAAGUAAUGAAUAUAGUGAGUAAACGACUACGGUCUACGACCUGCAAUUGCUGUGACUCUAACUUACUGCCACAUUAAUGCAGUAAUACAUUACUUUUGGGUGGAUGGAAGCUGAAAACUUUUGUAUUUAGUUGGACAUACGACAAACAUUCAAUCUCCGAACUCCGAGUUCUUACGAAAUACAAAUAUUUGUACUUCCGAAUUCGGAGUUCAUUCGGCAAGCAUAAGACUUAUAUUAACCUAACCUGUCUUAAUUCAGUCAUUAUUAUAAUUUAGCCAAUACGUAACCGUGUAUAACUACAAUAUUAUGUCUUGUCAAACAACGUAUUCUCGUCAAGUAUUGCAACGAGUCAGUGACCGUAAAAAAAGGAAACUUGCCAUUGACGAUUCUGAUGAAAUAUCAUUAACCCGUAAUUUAGAUUUAUUCAUAGAUUCUCAGUUAAAAGUGAUUGAAGAUUCCCAAACAUCAUUGAAAGAGCAUAGAGACUUGUUUGGUGAACUCAUACCACGAGAUGAGUUUGUCAGUAACGCAGAAACUAAAAACAAAUCAACUAAAAAAAAACCAGUAUCUAAGAAAAAGAAACAACCAAGUGAAGAAAUUAUGAUUGAUAGUCCAAUAAUAAGACCAAAAAGGGUGUUUAUUCCUACCCCGAAGUUCAUGAAGAUAAUGAAGGAGGCGCAAACAGAAUUGUACUCCUUAAUGGGUGUUAACAAAAGUUCAAGUGACAUUUCAGUUGUAACAACUGAUAGCCUUAAUGUUAGUGGAAUACAAGAUUUACAAGUUAGCCCUAUAAAAAGUACAAGGAAUGAGUCUAAAACAAAUUCAAAGAAUAAUGAUAAUGACAAGGAAUCUCGACGAGUUCUUGAAGGAGUUGUUGCAUUUGUUGAUUACAAAAUUGACAAUGAUCGCAGUGGUUCAUGUAUUACCCAAUGUCUCAUUAAUUUGGGUGCCAAAGUAGAAAAAUCAUUCAAUCAAAAAGUUACCCAUGUGAUGUUUUGUGAUGGCUUACGUAGUACAUAUAAUAAAGCAAUCAAACGUAACAUUCCACUUGUAUCAGCAAGGUGGAUGGAAUAUAGUAAAUUAGCUAAUAAGAUGUUGGAUCCAGAUGACUAUCCUCCCGUUGAUAUGGAAAAGUAUAAAAAAACACCAGCAACAAACAUUAAUAUUCCAAUAAGCAAUACGUAUAAAAAAUUCUUAAGACCAAGUAAUAUUGAACGUGAUCAGAUAUUUAAAUCUAAUUGUGAUAAUCUUAUGAAAAGAUUUAUCAACUUCAAUAUGAAACAGAAUAAUGAAAAUAAGGAAAACAGUCCUAUCACUGAAAUCCCCAAAAAAUGUAGUGUUAACAAAUUAGAUGAUCCUAACAAAACAAAUGAUAUUGUUAAUAUAUUAUCUGAUCAACUAUGUAAAGUAUUAAACAAUAUCGAUAGUCCAGUACCAGAUGACCAAAUAGAUGAGCUAUAUAUUCCAAUGUCAAUUAAAGUACUAAGAAAAUAUCUCACACCCAAUGAAAAGGAGAAUACAACUUCCACAGAACUAGAUAAUGAACUAGCUAAAAUUGAAGAAAGGCUAAAUUUAAAUGUUCAAGCUAGACAACGAUUUCGUAAGCUAUUAUUUCCUUCAAAAGGGAAUUUGAAUAACACAAGCAAUGUCAGCGAUUUCCCAUCACCGUCGCCUCAAAAAUUGAGAAUCAGUGCUCCUUCAAGAUUAAUUAGUACAAGGAAGAAAAAAACAAUGCUUGAUAAUAAAUUGUUACCCAAUAACAAAAACUUAAACAGUAAUAAAAAAACACCAAUAAAAAACAAUGAUAAAGUCAAUCCCUUAAAAUGGGAAAUACCUUCAGACCUACGUCCAAAAAAAACUAAAAAAAUCACUGUUCAAAAUGUAAAAAAUGUGAAAAUAACUCAAACCAAAGACACUGUUUCUAGUAUUAUGUCCAGAAAUUCUUCUAAAAUAUUCCAAACACCAAAAACCUCUUUAGCUAGUCCUGUAGUGUUACAGUCAAUUGCAUGUAGUGGGAUGACAAAAAGUGAAACAAAUAUUUUAAAAUCAUCUAUACAAGACUUAGGAACAUUCAUUUUUCAUACUAAGAUAGAACCUUCGACUACUUUUUUAAUUACCAAAUCACAACCAAAUCGAACAUUAAAUAUUGUAUUUGCGAUGGCUUAUGGAUGUUUCAUUGUUUCUGAAAAUUGGGUACACGAAUCACAUAAAAUUGGUAGAUGGCUAUCUCAUGAACAAUACUUAAUCUCAGAUCUGUCUGAACGCGUUAAAGAAUUUCAAUUAAGACGUCAUACAUUUGGGUCAUUGUUAACAUUUCAUAUAUUUGAUAAUGUUGGCAAAAUUUACGUAUCAGAUACCUGUGAGCCACCUGCUAAACUCUUGAGACGACUGGUGCGUGCAUGUGGUGGUCAUUGCACGAGUACUGAGACUAAAGCAGAUAUAGUUAUUGGUUAUACACCACAAUUAAAUAAUAAUAUUCAUGAAAAAUGGAUUUUGGAUUGCAUAACCCAAGGGAUAUUGCUAAAUAAGAAUCAGUAUACUGUUAGUUAAUACUAAUGAUACUAAGACCUGAAAUAAUUUUCACCUAUGUUGGCUUUUAUAUAUAAUUUUUAUUUUAUUUAGCUAACUGAUAUGUUUAUUCUAAAAAACUAGUCUUUAUUUCUUUGAACAUUAUUACUCUUCCAAAUUAAAAUGUUUAGUCUUCAAAUUUAUCUAUAUUCUAUCUGUUUUAUUUUUAUUUUAAAUAAUUGUAAUUAUUUAGUUUAAUUUUAAAGGGUUAAAGCAAUUUUUUGUUGCACUGAUUGCUAUAUUAAUUAAUAAUUAUUAUAAAAAAAAUGUAAAACAUUAAUUUUGGUUUUACUAUUUUGGUAUAAUAUUUCUAUGUAUUUUAAUUAUUGCAUGGCUUCACUUAUAUAUCAGUAAGUAGUUUUGUUAUGAUAAGUGGUGGUACUAAAAAAGCUAGUUUAAUUUAAGUGUAUUUCAUUAAUUGUUUUAAAGAGCAUUAAUAUCAAGUUUCAAGUUGAUUUGACUAUUAAAAUAUUAUUUCCUGUACAAACUAUUAUGAAAACUACUCAAUACCACUCAUUCGACUGUUGUAUUUUAAUUUUUAACUAUAUGGUUGAAAGUCAGUUGAAAUGGAGUACAACAAACACAAGUUACUACAUACUCAUAUAUUAUCUUACAAACCAAAACUGUAAUAAAAAAUGUAAGUUUUGUUUUGAAAUAUAAUUACAUUAUAUUGUGAAGUUAGAAAUUCCUUAAAUAUAAUAUAUUAUAUUUAUCUUAAAUAUUAUUUAAAUUAUACCUCUUUAUAAGUAUAUAAUUAUAUGUAUUUAUUAACUUUUUUAUGAUUGUUUUUUUUUUAAUUUGAAAUAUUUUUUUAUUCAUAAAAACACAUUAGAAGAAAGAUAAUUAUAAAUAUUUUCCAAACAUGCAAUCCCAAAAUGAUUCUACAGUUCUUCAUUCAACCAAUUGUACUGUACUUUAAAAACUUAAUAAUUUUUUUUAAAAAAACAUACUAAAUAACAAGUUAUAUAAAUAAUGUUCUUAAAAAUAGUUUAAAAUAAAUUAAUUUGUAUGGUGUAGUAAAAUGUUAGUGUUUAGUUUGUAUUGUAUUGUAAAAAAAAUAUUUUUUUAUUUAAAUUAUAGUUAUUUUAUUUAUUUAUUUUUAACAUUGUGUAUAAUUAUAAUUAUAUUCAUAUAUUUAUUGUACUAUAUAUUAUAUAAUUUAUAAUUUUUGUAACUAAUAAAUGUAUAUUUUCAUAAU